CGAGGUGCCGGGGGUCCCCGGUGCCCGCCAGGCCGGGGGUGCCACACGGCACUGAGGGUCCGUGUGCUCACAGGGACCUGACUGAGAACCCGCUGGCAGCUCUGCCCAGUGACUCCCUGGUGGGCUUCGUGCAGCUGCAGAGCCUCGCGGUGCCAGCGGCGCUGCAGUGUCCGGGCGGGAGUGACGCCUGGCAGGACGUGGCGGUGGACAGGAGCAGCCGGCUGUGCCAGGGACAGAGGAACCCCUGCAACGGCUCUGUGCCGCUCGCCUGGCCGUGUCCUGAGAAUUCUGUGUGUGCCCCCGACGGCCCCGGCCUCAUCCAGUGCCUCUGUGACAGUCCCUUCCACGGCUACAAGUGCCUGCGUGAGGGCGCGUUCCCCGUGCUUCUCUUCGGAGGAAUCCUGGGCACUGCCACCGUGUCCCUGUCCCUGCUGCUGUGGGGCACCCAGCGGAGGAAGGCCAAGGCGCCCUGAGCAGGGCAGGGGCCGUGCCUGGGCUGGAGGAUCUGUGGCCAGCGAGGCUCUGGGCAUCAAUAAAGCUGCCGGUCCUC